AUGGUUGCUGGCGUACUACAAAAGGCGGAAGACGACCUAUGGGAAGAAUUGCUGUGGACGCCAGCAAGGGGGGACCGCUUCCAGAUACCGCUUGGAAAGAUUCAGGACAACGUUACCUUUAGCCAGCGUGGCUACUCAUUCCUUUCACAUCCUGAAAAUAAUCUGACAGGUUGCUGGGAAGCAACCCUAUCUAAAAUGCUACAAAGCCCCCAAGGCCGCAAGCUAUACAAAACUAAUAAUUCAGCCUGGAAGCCCCAACCAGUUCGACGCUACCUUCGCCGGGUUGAGAGGUUCCUUGAAUACCUGCUCUUCCUUACCCACGUAACAGGCGGGCAGCCAGCACGAGGUACUGAAGUUACCACUACACGUUUCCGCAAUGGCUAUGUACAGGAUCGAAAUAUCUAUGUUAUAGACGGCCAGGUAGUUUUUAUCAGUAGAUAUCACAAAAGUCAGGCAAUGUGGGAUAAGCCCAAGGUGAUAGCGCGCUUCUUGCCCUGGAGAGUCGGUCAGUUAUUCGCUGUCUUUCUAGCCUAUGUCCAGCCGCUUGCUGAAUACCUUGAGGGCGAGAGACUCAACAGAACCCCAACAGAUUAUGUGUGGUCUGGCAAUACUGGCCCCUGGGAGACAAGCCGGCUUAGCCAGAUUAUCUCUAUAGAGACCCAGUGUUGGCUAGGCUGCAGGCUUACUACCCUUGAAUAUCGCCAUACAGCUAUCACAAUUGGGAGAGAAGUGGUUAGUAAGGAGUUUGGUGAAGGCACUCAAGAAGCACUUACAGAGGGAGAUUUGGAAGAGCCUGAACAGCAGCUUGAAAGCGGCCUUGAUCUCCAGGCAGGUCGUUCUGAACUCACCGGCACGCUACGCUAUGGCGUUGAGAUGGGCAUUGUUUCACACCUUAGCCACCGCUCAGUGCAGGUGUUUCGUGAUCUAAGCAGCAAGUGGCACCGCUUCCUCCAGUUGUCAAGCACGCUACCCAACCCGCUUAGGCCAGUAAGCGUAGCCAAUGCUGCUGGUAUCUUGCGCCAAAAUCAAGGCCCGCCUGCAAAAUCUUUGCCAGCGCAGCCCGCGCAGGACCAAGCAGAGCCUGCGAUAGUUACUGAUUCAGAAAUUCAAAUUCUGGUUCAAAAGGUGGUUCAAAAAGAGGGACCAAUUACCUUUAAGUCACCAGAGCAGGAAAUUGCCCUGCGCGCUAUUCUGGCUGGAGAGACACCGCUUGUUGUUGUUCUUCCAACAGGUGGCGGGAAGAGUCUUCUCUUUAUGGCGCCUGCGUGCCUCUCAGACCCAGGGGUUACUAUCGUUGUUGUCCCAUUCCGUGAGCUGCUGAAAAACCUGAAAACGCGGUUAGCUGAGGCGAAAAUUCCAGCUACAGAAUGGAUACCUGGAUUUUCAGCUAAUGGCCCGGCCCCAAUAAUUUUGGUUAGCGCAGACGCUGCUGGGAGCUUUGAGUUUCUUACCUUUGCUACCCUGUUAAUGCAAGGCGGCUGGCUUAGGCGCAUUGUUGUCGAUGAAUGUCACUUGACAUAUACUAGCUCUGACUGGCGCCCAAAAUUAGCCCACCUCGCCCGGCUGCGUGCUAUUAAGGCUCAGUUCAUCUUACUUACCGCUACGCAACCACCUCUACUUGAGUAUGAAUUAGGUGCAGCUAUGGCACUUCGCAGCCCACGAUAUAUUCGCGCCCCUACUCUACGCCCAAAUAUCCGGUACCUGGUCCAGCGAUGCCAGCCAGGAGGGCUACUCAAGGCAGCCCAGGGAAUCGCUACACGUUGGUUAGCUGGGCUGGCUGGCAAACAGAAGGCAGUUAUUUACGGCAAGUACAAAGAUACCUGUGAAAAGCUGGCCCAACAAUUGAAGUGCAAUUACUACCACGCUGGCCUAGACGCUGAUGAACGUUCAGGUGUUCUGAAAGCCUGGCUCCAACGCGGUGGGCUUAUAACAGCCACGUCAUCUCUUGGUACAGGUGUUGAUUACCCUGAGAUUGUCAGAGUACUUCACGUGGAUACGCCUUAUGGCGCGAUGGAUUUCGCCCAAGAAUCAGGGCGUGCUGGUCGCGAAGGGCAGCUGGUAGAUGCAGUCAUAUUAGUUGAAAGCCCUCGUCAGAAGGCACCUGCACUGGACAUACCAGUAGACCAUUCGUGGCGUGCACUUGACGAGGCCGCUAUCCAGGAAUUUAUCAAUCCCCGCCUGGGCGCCUGUCGACGGAGUAUCUUGAGCCUCUUCCUGGACGGUCAGACGCCCAAGAAGAAGCCAAGCUGA